GGUAGGGGCCACGUUGUGUUACCACCGGUGAUACAUCGGGAUACUCAUGAUUAAGGGUAGGUUACAAUUUUUAGGCAAAAAUAGCUCCGUUUUAAGACGUUUCCCAUUGACAAAGUGGGGGUGCAUGGGCUCUGGUUCAUUUCAAACUUUCUAUGACAAGAUUAAGGAGGAAACACAGAAUAGUAAUGAGGGACUGGGCGCUAUGUUUGCGGGCCUCCCACGGAGCCAAACACCACAAGAAGUGCCUGAAAGACUUAAUGAAUGCAGUCAAGAAGCUGUAAAUACGGCAGAAGAAAUUCACUUCGGAUUCUUAAUCUUUAUUAUUUCCAUGAUGAUAGCCGUAGCGCUUUACGCGGACCCCUAUCGGCAGGACCAAUACACGCGUCCAUACAAUCAAGACAUGGUUCGUAUUACGUACAUAGGUGAGAGAAAUGAAAAAUAGAUCCAACCAUUCAGAGGCUCUCUAUUCUUAGCGAACUGUCAAUCUCAAGUAGUUGUCAUGUAUGUACAACAGCACAAUAAUUGUUGUCUAGUCACGGUACCACUUUUAUAUUUAUCACUGAAACCGUGUUGUUACAAUGACUUUAUCCCCUUUUGUGUGCAUGUAAAGGCCUGAUAGCUUAAGUUGUACAAAAUAGGUACACCAAUAAAAACAUAUACUCAAAUUUUGUGGGAAAAGAUUCUGAAUCCAAGUCCAAAUUAUGGCGAAGGAAACCGCGAAGAAAAACUGGCGACGUAAUGAGGUGCGUAUGAAGGUCUUCACGCUCAUCACAGUGGCUGUCAAUUUGCUCUAUACGGGCUUAAUUAUAUACCGUAGGGGAGGGUUGCCUUCCAUUUCUGAUUUGGUGGCCAUCGUAUUCUGGGCAGGACAGGAGUAUGCAGCUCUAAGUCUCAUUAAGGGAUUCGCUAAGCCAUCUUUUGACUCAAAUGGAGUGCUUCUUAGCUGCCCUGACGUGUCUGACCCUAAGGAAUUAGGUUAUUAUAGCUUUAUUCAGGAUCUGCUUUGGGUUUGCUGGGCGGUCCAGACGUUCUGCAAUAUCCAUACUGCCUUCUUCGUAUUUUACCUUCCUGUUCCGGCUACGAUUAUCUACAAAGGUUGGACCGUUGCACGCCCUUUUCUAAAAAACAUGUUGGGUAUCGAAAGUGGUGACACCACGCACGACACAGCGGAUGGUAACCAACCCCCACGCAAUCGUCAGGAGCGACGCCGCGCCGAGUUAGAGCAACGAAAAGCUCGACGAUCUUAACCAUUUUAAAUAUCUUUACGAAUGACGAACAAAUAGGUUGAGCAAACAUCGCUAAGCUCCUCACAUGUUGUAUCUCUUUUGAUGUUUGCCCUUUAAGUUAUAAUUA